GAUGCUUCGAGGAAGGACAUGGAGACAACUACUUAGCUUAUCUCCAACCCAGCAGAGCAGGCACAUCUUUUACCAGCUCCCCUCAUUCAAUUGCUGGCCAGAGAAAUAACACAGGAGCUUAUCCCUGAUGCUGGAGUGAAGAUUAGAGUCGGACCCAGAACAAGGGACCAGGCUAGAUCUGGAUCUGAAUUAAGAGCUGAAGUAUCUGAAUCAAAGAUCUGUAUCCAGGCUGAUCUCCGAAUGCAGAGUGUCAACUUGUGAGAACUUCCAAGAUCUCCCUUCUGACUGCUGUGAGAAGAUGCCUCGCCCUGGGAGGAAUACAUACAGUGACCAAAAGCCCCCCUACUCCUAUAUCUCUCUCACAGCCAUGGCUAUCCAGAGCUCCCAGGAGAAGAUGCUCCCUCUCAGUGAGAUCUACAAAUUCAUCAUGGACAGGUUCCCCUACUACAGAGAAAACACACAGAGGUGGCAGAACUCUCUGAGACAUAACUUAUCGUUCAAUGACUGCUUCAUCAAGAUACCCAGGAGACCAGACCAGCCUGGCAAGGGCAGUUUCUGGGCACUUCACCCAAGCUGUGGCGAUAUGUUUGAGAAUGGAAGUUUCUUGAGGAGAAGGAAGAGGUUCAAAGUGAUGAAAUCGGACCACCUUGCCCCCAACAAGCCAUCAGAUGCCGCCCAGUAUCUCCAGCAGCAAGCCAAGCUCAGAUUAAGUGCCCUGGCUGCUUCAGGCACCCACCUGCCACAGAUGUCCACCUAUAACCUUGGGGUCUCUCAGACAUCCACUUUUAAACACCCCUUUGCCAUUGAGAACAUCAUUGCCAGAGAAUAUAAAAUGCCAGGAGGGCUUGCCUUUUCCACAAUGCAGCCAAUGUCAGCUGCCUACCCACUCCAUAACCAGUUGACUACAGUUGGCAGCCACAUAGGCACAGGGUGGCCUCACAUGUACGGUUCCAGCAUGAUAGACACAACUACACCAAUAUCAAUGGCCAACAGCGAUUACAGUGUAAGUGCUUAUGGAAUGCCCAUUAAACCUCUGUGCCAUGGGGGACAAACUUUACCAGCCAUCCCAGUUCCCAUUAAAGCAACUCCAACUGCUGUGCCAGGUCUGCCAGAGCUCCCUACACAUAUCCCAGCCAUCCUAUCAAACUCUUCUCGAUCCAUGAGUCCAACAUCUCCUCAGACAGCAACAAGCCAAAGCAGUCCUGCUACUCCCAGUGAGACUCUGACAAACACACCAACUGCCCUGCUCUCCGUGGCUGUGCAUUAAUAUAGCCUGGUGGACUUUACAAGGCAACUCUUUCUCCAAAGUUUACUCACAGCUUUUAUUUUAAGGAGUUAAAAAUUCAUCUAUGUCAACGUUCAAGCUCUUAUCCCAACUUGACUUCUGUGGCUGUCAUUUCCAUAUCCCUAUACACUUGAAAAUCUGUAUUAUAUUCCUUUUUGUUACACGAGUGCCAUUUGUCAUCAUGUUUUAUUACAGUACAUGGAAAACAAAAACAGUAACAAACUCAUAACACAAAACAAAACAAACACAGAAUAUAAUACUGGACACAAUUGUAACCAUCAUUCUAACAGCAUAAUCUUUUUUUUUUUAUUAUUGGUAAACCAUGUGUUAUUUCUGUACAGAGAAUGCAGAACUUAAAAAUAAUAUAGAAAUACAACUUCGAUAACAAACUAUAGAACAAACAAAUAAACAAACACAC